AUGGACAAUCCAAUUCAAACUCUCAGAGGUCAAGGUAGGCCAAAUGAGUUUGAUCCUAGAGAAGACCGAAUGAUAGAUGGCAACUUUUGUGGCCUGCUCGAGGAUGAAGCCAUGAAUGAGGUGGUGGCGUUGGGAUCUACAUUCCAAAGUAACAUUGGGGAUGCUAGUAAGAUUGACCGGCUCAAUUUAGGAGAAAACUCAAAGAAACUGGGAUCUGGUUGGAAGACGGGCAAUCGACAAGAAGAAGAGCUUAAUCAGUUGGUGGCAGAAAUUGAAUCUUUUACAUCAAAGAAGUCUAGAUCUGGUAAAUUGAAGCAAGUGGUAACACCGAAUGAUGGUUGCGUCGCUGAUCCUAUUGAGCGAUUUAGUGAUGGCAGUCUGAAUGGUGCCAUUCAAGACGCUGCUAAACCUUGGGUUUGGGUUAAUAAUACCAGAAGGCAACUUCAAUGGUCCGAUCGAGUUGAGAAUCAGUCAGAAGUUAAAGAUUGGGCAAAUUUUGAUCUUGAAAAAAAGAGACCUCCAACGGGGAAACUGAAUUUUGUUCCUCCUAAGAUACAGGACGAGAUGAAAAUCAGUAAGAUCAAGGCUGAAGAUGUGAGAUGGGGCAGAUUCGGCAUUGAUAAGGUAAUACUGCUUCCUAGUGGUUUAUUUGUUGUUUGUUUUUCGACUUUACAAGCUAGAGAGGAAGUUCUUCGUAUUAAUAUUCACCAAUUUGGAAGUAAGCCAUUGAUUGUUAAGCCAUGGAAUGUUAAAAUGGGGUUAAACUAUAGGGAGGUGUAUAGAGUUCCUGUUUGGGUUCAAAUGCAUGGAUUAGAGUUAAAGUUCUUGAAUCUAUCUUCUCUGAGUAUUUUGGCUAAGUGUUUGGGAGCUCCUUUAUUGGCAGAUGAGUAUACUAGGGCUAAAACCAGGGUACAAUAUGCUCGUUUAUUGAGAGAGAUGGAAAUUUCAGAUAGUGUACCUGAUAAAGUUGUUUUCGAAGAUGAGAAGGGGCAGGCAAGAAUCCAGAAAGUUGUAUAUAAGUGGCUUCCUGUUAGGUGUGCUAAAUGUCAGGGAUAUGGUCAUGCUUCUGAUUCAUGGAGGAAAGAGUUGAAUGAGGUUGUUAAGAAACCAAGAAUUAUUCAGAGUGCAUGGAGGAAAGUUGCGAAAGAAAGAGUGGUUGUGGAUCAAACUGGUACUGCUGAGGUGAUUGUAGCUACUAAGGAAAGUUCUGUGGAGGUUCUUCCAAGAGUGAAGCCCCGAAAAGAGCUUGUAUUAGUUAAUCAUCAUAGGAAUACUGGGAAUACAGUUGAUAAGCGAAAGGAAAUUGAGUUUAAAACUAGAGUAACUAAUAUCACCCCUGAUACUAAGGUGGUAGUUGCUAGUAUGUCUCCUCAGGGGAUAACUAAAAAAACUACUAAUGUGUUAGGUGAUAUUAGUCACACAGUAAAACCUGGUGGCAUUGGAAGAGGGAUAGUGGUUGAUCCGGGUCCCUGUCAUCAUGUGUAG